AUGCCAGUGUUGGGCGCGGCGAAGCUGAAGGCCUUCCUCGCGAGGGCAGAGGCAAAACCCAAGCCGUGGCAGGAGGAGGCGCUGAUCAAAACGGAUUCGCAGUGGGAUGGGAGACGUGUCUUCUUAUACGACCAUGCACGUGGCAGCGGCAAGACACGACUCAUGGCGAUGAUGGCCUUGAUGUGGAUGAAGCAGAAGGGGAUCCGCUGCGUGUUGGUUGUGGUGGACAGGUGUGACCUAGCCACCCAGGCCAAACAGGAGUUCGCCGACUUCUUCGCCAAGUGCUACAAGAUCCCGGUGGCCAAGCAGAAGACCGAGCAGGUGCCAGAAGUUCUGCAGGUGAGCGCGGCUUCGGAGCUUCAACAGCACUUUGACAAGUUGACGGAAGACUCCCUGGCUCGGUGUGUACUGGUUGUGACCCUGCAGAGCUUCCCACACUUGCAGACGACUUUGCCACCAGCGCUGCAGGAGAAAACUUUGGUUGUGGCUGAUGAGGUCCAUCGCUCCCACGCGGACCGCGCCUUUUCGGAAGAGCUCCAGAAGGCCAUCGGUGCGGUGCCGCGGCUGCUUCUGUUCACGGGGACAGCCUCGGACCGACGCCUGCGGCUCUUUGGGGUGAGAGAGGGAGACUUCUUCGUCCCAUUCCAUGCAGUUUCCGAGGAAGAAGUGGCCAAAAGGGGCAUGAUUUUCCAGCUGUCGCACUACAAGCGCGAGUUCAAGCAGAUCGUGUGCGACACCACGAACCUGGAGAAAGUCGCUCGCGAGCAGCAACUCGAGCCCCGGCUGUUGCAAUCCAUGAAGGCUUUGAGCAAUGGCACGCCGGCGGCCAUCCGAUUGAAAGCUGCGGUUCUUUGGAAGGAAUUCCAGGACACCAGAAGCUCUCUUUCAUACCGACCUCAGAUGGUGGUGGUGGCGGAAUCAAGGGACAUGGUGUUGUCCUACGCAGAAGCGUUUAAGAGUCUGGCCGCGCAGCAUGAACCUGGAAAGGUCGCAGUUUAUGGGGCGUUCUCAGGAAAACUGCAGCAUGGUGACAGAUCAGUGGAUGAGGCCGCGUACAAUUUGCCCUUGCAAGGGAUGUUGAACACCCAGGACUUGCACAAGAAGAGCGAUAUCUUAGUGAUAUGUGACCGGUUCGAAACUGGCUACGACAACACUGCAGUGACGUUGUUGGGCAUUGACCGAAGGAUGUUCGGUGGCGAAAUUUGUUUGGGGUCGAAAUGAG